UGGUUGGUGACAGCAUGAACCAAAGAAACAAAACAACACGUUCUCGUAACACAGACAUAGUCAAAGACUCAACUCAACCGGGACCAAACAGGACAAAAUGCGUUCGAUCUAAACUCUGAAUCCAGAGCAUCCCAUUUCCAUUCCCCAAUCAUUUUCUCACCGUUUCUUCCAUUCUACACUGUUGAAUCAUUAUGAUUAUGAUGUGAUUACUCUCUCUUCCAUUUCAUUCUCAUUACCACUGUUCUAUGAACCCACUUUUUUUGAAGUCAACGGUCUUCGUAUUUUCCUAACCAACUCAAUUGAGCAAAAGCUUAUCCAUUUCCUGCCAAACUCUCCAAUGGGUCGGAGGAACAUCGAACCGAACUCCAUUCUCUCGCACCGUUUGAUCCUCCCCUUGGUGUGUUUCGCUUCGUGCGGUUUGGUCUACGCGCUCCUCUCUGCGGUGCUCGCGAACAGCAGAGGCAGAGUUUCGGAGUUUGGGAGGUUCGUUGAAGACGGUGCGGCGGCGGAGAACGAUGGAGGGUGCUGCAGGGGGAUUCAGAAUUUGGAGCUUUGGGGUGCAGCUGUGAAGUGGGGUUCUGAGUUUAAAUUCAACGAUUCCCAAGGAUGCUGCAACGCGUGCAAAGCCAUGUGUUCUGGGAAAGAUGGGCCUUGCCUUUGUGAUACUUGGGUCUUUUGUGGGGAUCGUAAGCUCUGUGGAUCCAAGUUUGGUGAGUGUUGGUUGAAGAAACAAAAGGACAGCUUAGCACCUGAAAGGCAAGAAGGAGCACCUCCAGGGGAAGUGGUUGGUUGGACUUCAGGUCUUAUCUUUGGGAAAGGAGAGGGUAUUAUUGGACUGGAAACUGAAUAUGGAACUCUUCAUAUUAAACUUUUACCUGAUUGUGCCCCACACUCCGUUGCCUACAUUCUAGAAUUGUUGGCUUUGCACCAUUGUGCUGGCUGCCAAUUUUACCGCGCAGAGAGCCGAGGUCAAUCAUGGGAUUCAGAAGGAAACCAUAUAGAAAAUGCUGCUUUUGGUCCCCCUUAUGCAUUAAUUCAAGGGACACUGGAAGCCCAAGGCACAACAUUCAAUAAACUUCCAGUGGAAGAUUGUCCAAUCCUUCGAAGGGGUUCAGUUGCUUGGAUUGGUUCUGGCCCUGAAUUCUUCAUUAGCCUAGCUGACCAUUCAGAGUGGAAACAUGAAUACACUGUAUUUGGUUCUGUUCUUCCAGAAGACAUGCAUAUUGCUGAGAAAAUCACUACACUCCCCACAAUAGCCGAUGUUUGGAACCAUGUUAACGUGACCGUUUUGGAAAAACCUGUUCCCUUGUUGCUCCGAAGAAUCCAGAAAAGCCACGUAGAUGAAAUAUGAAACAAACUGUGUAUCCAUAUAGAUUGCAAUUCUUUUGGUUCCAAAGCUGUAACUUUCACAUUUUUCUUUUUGGAUAAAGCUUUUUCUUCUUUUUAUCUUAUUUUUGUUACUA